AAAUACGGACAUGUCCCGGAAAAUACGGACGUUUGGUCACCCUAUCUAAAGGGCGUCUUGCUACUGGACUCCUUGGCCGUUACCAUGGUGACAGGGCCCUAUCAACGAUGCUUUGAGAGCACAUUCAAAUCAGUUUAACAGCCGGGAGUUCUGAGUCGGUCGUCCUGGAGAUGGUCCGUGUUGGUUUUAGGAGCAGGAUGUUUUCUGUUUCAGACUUUAACGCAGGAAGUGACUCAUUGGAAGUCAAAAUUGGAAAUGAAAGAAGAAAGUGCUGAAUUCCAUUUAGAACAACCACAUGCUAGCGGCAGGAACGACGGGAAUCCAGUGAAGCUUAAAGACCUCCAAUAGACAGUGACGAGGAGCGUCUUUCAGAACCUGCUGGGUUUGAGGUUUAGGACUGAGAGGCAUCAGAACCGGCUCUGUUGGACCGAGAGACUUCUCUGAAGAUGAUGAACCUAAAGUUUGUGGCGUCGCUUCUGUUUCUGGUUGUGGUGUUGGGAGUGAUGUUCACCUACCUGACCCCCAUCUACAGAUUCAGGGAAGGCGUCUGUGAUUCCUCAAAAGGCCGAUCUGGGGAUGGACACUUCUUCAGGAGUCCUGACCUACACCUGCUGGCAACCGAUGGGUUGACAUACCCACAGCCGAGCAUCACACAAGGUCGGACGGACAUUGUGUCGGUGACGCCCUGGUUGGCGCCGGUCGUCUGGGAGGGAACCUUCCAUCCGGAUCUGCUUGACAGGAUCUACCAAAAGAGGAACAUCACCGUUGCUGCCACAGUGUUCGCUGUUGGGAAGUACAUCAUGUUCCUGAAGGACUUCCUGGAGACGGCGGAGCAGCACUUCUUCGUAGGUUUCAGAGUGAAGGUUUAUGUGUUCACCGACCAGCCGAAUGAGGUGCCCAAAGUGAAAAUGGCUGCUGGCAGAGAGCUGGUGGUGCAUUCGGUGUCGAACUCCAAACGUUGGCAAGAAAUCUCAGCCCGUAGGAUGGAGAUCAUCCAGACCCUGAUCGAGGAGACGCUCAAAAACGAUGUGGACUACAUCUUCUGUUUGGAUGUCGACUCAAAGUUUCACAGUCGAUGGGGAACCGAGUCAUUAGGAGAACUGGUGGCUGUGAUCCAUCCAGGGUACUACAAGGACGACCGCAGUAGGUUCCCAUACGAACGGCGGCCCGCCUCCAGAGCCUACGUGGCUCCUGGCGAGGGCGACUUCUACUACUGCGGCGGCGCCUUCGGAGGCGUCCUAGUCGAGGUUCAUCGACUCGCUCAAACCUGUCGCAAGAACUUCGAAGACGAUGCCAAGGAAGGCAUUGAGGCUGCCUGGCAGGAGGAGAGCCACUUGAACAGGUACAUGUGGCUGAACAAGCCCAGUAAGGUUCUGUCUCCUGAGUAUCUGUGGCAGGAUUUCAAACCCAAAAACUCGGAAGUUCGCGUAAUCAGAUUCUCUGGGGUCAUAAAGAACUACAACGAAAUACGACCCAACUGAGCUGAAGUGCUGGGCCAACCAACGUUUAGGUCCAGAGACACUUCCUGUUUGCUCCGUUCCAGACUCAAUACCUCUUCUGAGCAUGUGCAAUACUUACCAACUGGAUCUGUUCUGUUGUUUCACUGGUUUAACUGGGAGCCUGUUUGACGGGACCUGACGGAACCCAGAGGACUAAACCUGAAUUAAAGCUGCUGCUGGUUCUGAUUCUUCA